AUGAAACCCAACACCGAAGCUUCGGACCUCACGGGGGAGGUUAAACCCCAAACCGAUUCCGCUACCAUCGAGGAAGGGCCGCGAACACCCAGCCAGGGUGCUCCGGCUCCGAUGGGAACGGAAGGGGCUGCUAAGACCAGCACCCCACUAGACAACAAAAACAACAACCCACACAGCAGCGGAACCCAGCCGGGUACCAGCAAGGCAGCCACCGUUACGCAUCAGCAGCGUAAGGCCAAGGUCAGUCGGGCCCGUUUUAUUCUCGGCAAGAUAGCCAAGAAUGAGGCAGAGGGCAAGACUGACCAGCGCGAUGCGGAGGACAAGACUCGAUGCCUUGCGGAGAUCGCAGACUUCGAGGAAUACAUGAGGACGCGCCCGGAGGCCACUGUAACAAACACAAAAAGGGACCGCUCGCAUGAGGCAAGCGUGAGCGCACCCAAACGGGCAAAGGACGCUCAGGGGAGGCCAAGACCGACCUCCUUUGUGAAGAAGGCCAAGAAAUUCAGCGACGUAGCCAGAGACAGUCUCGCGAUGGCACUGGUGGACGACCUGCACGACGACGGACGCCUGCUGUCGGAGAAGUGGGAGGAGAUCGAGAUCAAGGUGGCCGACAUGGUAGCUGAAAGGCUAUCAGCCGUGCCAGACGGUCCGAUCCCCUCCUUCGACUCGUCGGACAUGGUCAGAGGGCACCGGGUGAUCAAGUGCGAUGACUCGUUCUCGAGGACCUUCCUGGCGGAAUGCAUAUCCAAGAUUGGAAAUGCAUGGGACGGCCUUAGCAUUAGGCUCGUCCACGCCAGGGAGAUUCCAAGGAGGCCGCGGGCUCGCAUUUGGUUGCCAAAGGAGCAGACUGACCAAGGAAAGGUGCUGUCGCUGCUGAGGGCUCAGAACCCAGAAGUGCACACAGAGGACUGGGCGAUACUAAAAGUAGAGAAGGAGAUGAAGACGAGCCAGCCGUUCCUCUUCCUCAUCAACCAGCGCUGCCUGCCGCAGCUUGAGAAGGCCGACUACACCAUCCGGUACGGCCUACGGAAGGCCAAGAUCAAGGUCUUCCUGGCAGAGCCGGAUGAUGUUCUCGAGGAGGUCGAUGACACCAACAAGCUGUUGGAUGACCUGGUCAUCGACGACAAGACCCCAGACGUAACACCCAACACCGAUGCCUAA